AUGACGAACAAGAACCUACGACUUGGGGUUGCCGUUGGUCAUGGGACUGGCCGGGAGCUUACUGUAGUGUUUAAGAAAGUGAUUCAAGAGUUGGCACGCCAGCAUUCUCUACAGGUUGACUUUAUUGAAUCAUCCCGGAUCUACCAUUCUUAUCAUAGCCUCACGACGUCUAGAGGAGAUAAAGAUCUGAUCCAGCACAUCGCCGAUGAAACCAUCCAGGAUGCAGAAGAGUAUCGCAAGUUCUGCGAGACAGCGACGGCCAACGGGAUCGCUGCAAUCUUCCGAACAGCGAUCCACGCGCAGUCUCUCUAUCUGGUUAGGGAUCAGCUAAAAGCCGUGAAGAUUGAACAUUUUAACCUGGGCAACUCGAAUGCGUUGCUCCUCAUUCGAGAUGAAGCACAGGGCUUCUACGCCGGUGAGAACGAAUAUCAUAGCAGUAAGCACAGCAUCACACGAACUAGCCCCCUCUCCCGCUCCACCUUUGAUCAGAUUCUUGAAUAUGCUCUGGAACGAGCCAAGGAGGAGUGGGGCGUGGAAAAUGUCCCCAAGGCAGUCACACUGGUUUACAAGUUCCAUCUGUUCGAUGGUGUCUUUCAGGCCUGGGCACCUCACUGGCAGCGUCGUUUCGGGAUAGAACUUGACUUCAUCCAGCCCGACACAAUGAAUCGCAACCUGAUGGCUUCGAGCAUCCAAGGCCGCCGCAUUAUCAUUGCGGGCAACGAAUACGCGGACAUUAUCCAGCCGGUUUUCUUGAGAUGGUUCAGUAACGCCACCAUCGAAACUAUGUGCGCGGAGAAUGUGUACUUGUGUCCUCGUCUGUAUCGUCUCACAGAGUACCAGACGGUGCAUGGAUCUGCCGAUGCUAUCGCCGGGCAGGGUCUAGUCAAUCCGUUUGCCACCAUUCGCGCUGCGGCUGCCAUUUUAGAGCGACACGGAGGAUGCCCUGGUGUGGGCUUUCAAAAACAGACGGAGAGAGCCAUACAAACCCUGUUAAUGAAGAAGCUUACAACACCGGAUCAAGGUGGCUCUUGCAGCACGGAUGUGGUUGUUGGGCACUUCCUGCGCGCGAUUGCUGACCCUAUCACUCUUGACAAACCGUCUAUUGGGGGUGAUAUAACCACAGGGCCGGUCGAUCCCAUGGUGGGCAAGAAGACCGCUGUGGUAGUAGUGGACUACCAGAAUGACUUUAUCUCAAGCACGCCUAGCCACGUGGUUUCCGAACUAUCCAACACAAUGCCGCCGAAGUCAUCUUCGUGCGCUUCCUGGGCAACUCCAGUUAUCAAGGGCCUAGCUGGCAAAGAAUCAACCGUCCGGGCCCUAGCAAAUCAUAUCCAACAAACGCACCCUAAAGCAUCUCUCCGCCUAGCCCUGACAGUGCCCGGUAUCCUUCAUGUUGAGAAGUCUCCUUCCCAGAUCGACGCACAUGCGGCCCUCGAAUCUCUCAAAGUAAAUACUCUUGGCCCAAUGCUCCUUAUGAAAUAUUUGACUCCCUUCCUACCCACGCGCUCGUCGCCUGUCUUUGAACCGUGUGACGGCGAGCUGAGUCUGCCCACGCAUGGAAUCUACGCUAUGAUGGCCGCACGUGUGGGCUCAGUGUCCGAUAACAGACUGGGAGGCUGGUAUAGUUACCGAGCGAGUAAAGCGGCUGUUUUCCAAUUGGCGAAGACGUUGGACUUAUACUUGGGUGGGAAGUGUGGGGAUCGCGCGAUCAGUUUGGCUCUGCAUCCGGGGACAGUGAAGACGGAUUUCACCAAGAGCUAUCAAGACGGAAGGGAAAUGCUGAGCGCAGAAGAGUCGGUGGAGAGGUUGUUGGGUGUGCUUUGUAGCCUGGGGGUAGAGGGAAGAGGCAGAUGUUGGGAUUGGAAGGGGGGUGAGGUUCGUCCGUAA